AUGAUCCAAUUUCUGUUUUCUUGCUUGCAGGCGUCACAGUUGCUGUGGGCUGCAGCAUCAGAUGGUGACUUGCAGACGGUGAGGCGUGCUCUGGACGAGGACGCAGACCCUCACUCUGCCCAAAACCCUGACGGCCACACGCCCCUGACCAUUGCGGCACUGAACGGCCACCUGGCUGUCGUCAAGGAGCUCAUCGGCCGCGAAGUGGAUCUGGACGACGUCGGGAAGUCCACUGGCGUCACGGCCCUCCUGGGAGCCUCCUUUGAGGGACACCUGGAGAUUGUUGAGGCCCUGCUGCACGCUAAAGCUGACAGCAAUGCGGCAGAGGUCACCACGGGUGUAACCCCCCUAUUUGCCGCGGCACAGGAGGGCUAUUUGGAUGUAGUGAAUGCCCUGCUGAAGGCGGGCGCAGCUGUGGACAAAGCGAGGACUCUGGACGACGCCACGCCCCUGUAUGCUGCAUGCGCGCUGGAUAGGCCUUCUGUGGUGAGGGUGCUGGUGGAAGCAGGGGCCGACGCGCACAGGAAGCGAUCAGGCAUUGGCGACACGCCGUUCACAGUGGCAUCGGAGUACGGGCUCUCGGACGUGGUGAGAAUACUGGAGACUGUGAAGUAUGCUGCGAAGUCUGCUUCGCUGCAGAGCGGCAACAUGGGGGAAGUCCUGGGGGGGCAGCUCAGCGGGGCCUUGGUGGCCUCUGAAACAGUUGCUCAGAAAGAUGGUGAAGGCGACGGGGAGGAGGGGCAGGCAGCGACGAAGGAGCUGCCCGAGUGCUUGAGCAAGGCACCAGCAGGUUUGGAGCAGGAGUCUGAGAAAAUGGACAAAGGGGAAGGGGAGGUUGACAAUUGCGACGAGACGCAGGCGACCCCUGAGGUGGAUGUGGGGCGGGAGGUGCGAAAGAAGGAUGGGAAGGUGAAGAGCGACUCCAAGAGCGUGGAUGAGGCACAGACUGGAUCGAAGUCGGGUAGCCUGGGGGAUGGCAAGAAGAGGAAUGGUGAGAAGAUGGGAAAGCAGCGUGCAAAGAGCGUCGACGAGGUGGGGUCAGGGCCGGGGACCGAGGCCAAGAGGGAGGCGAGGAGGAGAGACGAAGGGAGGAGAAAGGAGGACAGGAAAAGGAAGGAUUGGCAGUCCUCAGCGAAAGAGCCCGCAAAGAUAGACGAGACGACGCCAGCAUCGAAGGCAAAGACAGCGGCAGGGAGUGACAAGAAGAAUGAUGCACAGGCGGCUGGGGGGAAGGGGUCGUCGAAACGGCGUCGUAGUGACACAGGAGGCAAGGCCGCUGCGCCUCCGGCGCCGCUGGACGCCAAAGCCAACGAAUUCGAGGUGCAGGAGCUGCUGGAGACGCGGAUGAGGAAGCGGAAGAACGGGGCGCUGGUGAGGGAGUACAAGGUACGUUGGAAGGGGUUCGGCCCCAACGAGGACACCUGGGAGCCGGAGGAGAACCUGACGCGUGGCGUGGAGGAGCUGCUGCUUGAGUUCAGCAAACCGGGGGGGAAGAAAGUCAAGAAAGCAUGA